AUGAGUUCACAGCAGCCCUACUACGGUCAACAGCCCCCGCAGGAUUACGGUGGCCCUCCUCCGCCGGGGGCUCCUCCGGGAAACUACCCUCCACAAGGAGCACCGAUUCCAAGCGCGCCAUACCAAUAUCCGCCUGGACUAGCCCCCGGACAAGCUCCGGGACAGGCGCCUUACCAGCAGCCGGUGCAGCCGCCCUACGGCUAUCAGUCGGCGCCACCCCCGCAGCCCGGCGCACAGACCGGCCAGUAUCAGUAUCCUCAGGCUCCCCAAGGUGCCCCGUAUGGACAGCAGCUUCCUCCGAAUGUUGCGUAUGCCCCAUACGGCCAACAACCUCCUCCUCCUCCUCCGCCUGGCCAGUACGCUGCACAGCCUCCCUACGGCCAACCGUCGGCCGGUUAUGGCCAGGCGCCGCCGCCGCAUGGUUACCCUCCUCAGGGUCAGCAGCAAUGGCCAGGAUUCGGAGCCCCGGCAGUGCAGGCCGCUCCGGCGUCUCCGGGCUACGAUAUCGCGCAGAAAGCAUGGGCCCAGCCGGUCAACACAUCCAGCGAUGCCGAGGCGCUCCGCAGAGCCAUGAAGGGCAUGGGCUGUGACGAGAAGGCCCUCAUCCGCGUCCUGACCAGCCCGCAGUACGCCAACCCGUGGGCCAUGCUGCAGCUGGUGCAGGACUACAACACCCGCUUCCUGCGCAACCUAGAGGAGGACAUCAAGGGUGAGACGCGCGGCCUGCUCGAGACGGCCCUGCUCGCUCUCAUGCGCGGGCCGCUGGGCCACGACGCCUACGUGCUCGACAAGGCCCUCAAUCGCCUGGGCACAGACGAGGAGGCGCUCAUGGAUGUGCUGCUCAACCGGUCCAACGCCGACCUCCGCGCCAUCACGGCCGAGUACAAGCGCGUGACGCAGCGCGAUCUGCUGGUCGACAUCAAGGACGACGUCGACGAGGCCCUGUUCCGGCUGUGCAGCAUGCUGCUGGCCGCCAACCGGGCCGAGGACGCGGCGCCCGUGCUCGCGCACGAGAUCGACGCCAAGGUCACCGAGCUGCAGCGCGCGACCGAAGGCAUGAUCGGCGCCAACGCCGUGGCCGUCGUCCAGAUCUUCGCCAGCAGCAACGCGGCGCAGAUCAACGCCAUGGCCGAGGCGUACCAGCGCAAAUACCACCGCCCGCUGGCCGACGUCAUCGAGAAGGAGUUCCGCGGCGGCAUGGAAGACGCGCUGCUGCGCAUGCUCACGUCGGCGCAGAACCGCGCCGAGUACGACGCCUUCCGCCUGCGCGAGGCCCUCACCAAGCGGAAGGACAAGCUCGUCAUCAACCGUGUGGUGAGUCUGUAUUGGGAUCUUCCGCGUCUGGAGGCGGCGAAACAGGCCUACCAGAGAAAGUUCAAUGCCAACUUUGCGAAAGAGGUGAAAGCUCUGCUCAAGGGCGAUCUCGAGGAUGUCAUCCUCGCCAUGAUCCGGGAGAAGUGA